AUGUCAGAUCUAUAUACAAUUCAACAACCAUUAUACUUUGAUAAAAAGUCAGGAUUUACAUUGGAGGAAUUCAAGUUGGCAAUCGAGAGAUCUACAACAGUAUAUGUCGGUUUUCUUUCUUUUUAUACAACAGAGGAACAGUUGUACGAGUUGUUCUCAAAAUGUGGUGAGAUUAAAAAGAUUAUCAUGGGUUUAGAUAGAAUUCAUAAGACACCUUGUGGUUUCUGUUUUGUAGAAUAUUAUUCAAAAGAAGAUGCAUCAGAUUGUAUAAAAUAUAUCAAUGGUACAAAGCUUGAUGAAAGAUUGAUUCGUUGCGAUUGGGAUUAUGGUUUUAAAGAAGGUAGACAAUAUGGUAGAGGUGUAUCCGGUGGUCAAGUACGUGAUGAAUAUAGAACUGAUUACGAUCCAGGUCGUGGUGGUUAUGGUAAACAAAAGUUAAUUGAAAUGGAAACUGGUAGCUCUGGUGGUGGUGAAUAUGCAUCGGAUCAACACGUAGGAAAGAGAGCUCGUGACGAUGAUAAUGAUGAUGAAAAUGAUGAAGAAUCAAGGAGAUACAAGAAUGGUAGAAAUAGACACAGAGAAAGAGAUGAACCAGAUGAAGAUAAUUAA